AUGGCAUUCGCCUCUGCACUUGCGUUGUCGCUCUUCGCCGUCUCUGUGAACUCCCAGUUCCCGCCCAAACCCGAGGGUGUUACUGUGCUGCCGUCCAGAUUUCACCCAGGCGUAACGAUUUCAUACAAAGAGCCGGGAAUCUGUGAAACCACACCAGGAGUAAAAUCAUACGCAGGCUACGUGCAUCUGCCAGUAGAAGCUCUCAAUGAGACGUUUGAACACAAUGGUUAUCCCAUCAACACCUUCUAUUGGUUCUUCGAAUCACGCAAGGACCCUGCAAAUGCACCUCUCACGAUCUGGCUCAAUGGCGGACCGGGAGCAUCGAGUCUUCUGGGAGCGCUCUCCGAAAACGGGCCUUGCUUCAUCAAUAAUGAUUCAAUGACAACAACUCUCAAUCCAUGGUCCUGGAAUAACGAGGCGAACUUGCUCGUCAUCGAUCAGCCUAACCAAGUUGGUUAUUCCUAUGAUGUCCUGACAAAUGUGACCGUCAACAUUGCAUCUGACGAUGAGGGUGGUGCGAUCAAACCUGCCGACUUUGACAAGUUUAUUCCCGAAACCAACAACACAUUCCUCGUUGGCACUGCUGGGAGCCAACUUGUGAACAGUACUGCCAACAGUACGCUUCAUGCCGCAGUUGCAUUAUGGCAUUUCGCACAGACAUUUUUCGAAGAGUUUCCUGCGUACAAACCCAAUGACGAGCGCAUCAGCCUUUUCACAGAGUCAUAUGGAGGUCAUUACGGCCCAGGAAUCAUCGAUUUCUUCAUUCACCAGAAUGAAUUGAUCUCAAACGGCACGAUAUCGGGACCAGGUGCUCACUAUCUACACCUGAGCACCCUCGGCAUCAUAAAUGGGUGCAUAGAUAUGUAUGACCUAGCAAGGUCCUACGUCACAUUUCCAUACAACAACACAUACGGCAUUCAGGUGUACAAUCAGUCAAGAUAUGAGUGGGCAUUGAACGAGCUCGAGAAGCCUGGUGGAGGGAAUGAUGCUAUCGCCGAAUGUCGCAGACUUCAAAACUCGACUGACGAUCGUGAUCACAAGGCUGUGCGAAAGUUGAACGCAAUGUGCUCCCAGGCCGAGGAUCAGGUGAUGGGAUUUACUGAAGAACUGUUUGCACAGAACGACAACGCUGCACGGUUCGACAUCACGCACGAAGCACAAGAUCCAUUUCCAGCUCCGUACAUGUUCGGCUGGCUCAACCAAGCACAUGUGCAACAGGCCCUGGGCGUUCCCGUCAACCACACUUGGGCCUCGUCCGCAGUCGGUGCUGCCUUCUCAAAAACCGGUGAUUUCGUGAAAGGCGGACAGUUGCAGAAUCUGGCAUACAUCCUGGAUCACGGAGUCAAUGUCGCUCUGCUUCACGGCGACCGCGAUUACGCUUGCAAUUGGGUGGCUGGCGAGGCUUCUUCGCUCAGCAUUCCCUGGUCAUCGAAGGCGAAAUUUGCAGAGGCUGGCUACGCUCCUGUUGCGCUGUCCUCGCCCUACGUACAAUCCGGUGGCCUUGUACGACAAUAUGGCAACCUUUCUUUCACCCGUGUCUAUCAGGCUGGUCACAUGGUACCCUCAUACCAGCCUGAAGCCGCCUACGACAUCUUCAUGCGGGCGAUUACUCAUCGUGACAUUGCCACAGGUCAGAUCGACUUAAGGGAAGUUGAGCAUUACGCAACCACGGGACCGAAAGACACCUGGUGGUCGAAGAGCGAUAUAUUGCCCGCGCCACCGCACGAAUGCUAUAUACCCGCUCUCAUGAUGCGUUGCUCUGACGACGAGAUCGCUUCAGUCAUCAACGGGACUGCUCUCGUGAAGGACUGGAUUCUUGUUGGCAAGGAGGAAACUCGUGAUGAAGUCACAGUGGUUGCAUCCUCGCAGACGAGCGCUCAAAAGCCGCUCGUGGCUUGA